AGCGGAGCAGGAUGAUGGCCCCGAUGGGGACAUUUUGGGGCCCGGCUUCCUUGGGGUCAUGGCUUGGGGUGGCUUGGGGUGUUGGGCACGGGGCUGCGCCACCCUGCGGGGUGACAGAGGGCACCCACGGCCUCGGCGCAGCAGCUGCGCUCAGGACCGGAGCAGGAUUGGGUCCUGCCAGCAGAUGGCAGCAAUAUCCAGGGUGACACUGGGGACACUGGGGACACUGGGGACAAUGGGGACAGUGCCACACGCCACCCUGCUCCUGCUGGAAGUCGGCAGCCCCUUGGGCAUCUCUGCCCUGCCACCGUCCGCACCGCGUCCCCCUCCCCAUCCCUCCUUGUUGCUGCCCAGCAGGGACCCUGGGCCCUCCCAGCCCCCAAAUCCCCGUGCAGGGGGUGCGAUUCCUCUGUUUCCUUCCCAUUUGUGGGUCUGGGGCUGUGGGCACAUUGGGGGUGUCACCCCAUGGGCCAUGAGCAUCCCGGUACAGCAGAAUUGGAGGUGCCUGCUGCCUCCUGGCCUCCAGCUGCCUUCUUCCCUGGGGAAACCCUUCUGCCUUGCCGUGGGCACCCCCAAACCUCUCCGACCCCACUCCUGCCCCAUCCCAGAGCCCCCCUGGAGGGAUCCUGGACCCCACAGCACCCUGAACCCUGCAGCACUCAGCUCCUGGAGCCAGCAGCUGACUUACCACGGGCCUGAGCCAUCCAAAAAACCUCAAACCAAGGUUUUUUUUUUUGUAUUUUUUUUCCCUCCCUCUAGUGAGGUUUGGGAGUUGGCUUUUCCCACAAAGCGCGUCCCUUUCGCCCCCGGUGUAAGUGGGAUGGGAAAUGGGAACCCCACGGGUGGGCGCCUGGGUGUGGGGUCUCAUUUUUGGGACUGGUUUUGGGCUGAUGGGUGCAAGCAGUACCCGUGCCUGGCUCUGGGGACAGGCACUGCCUCAUUUUGUUUUAGGAACGUGGCUGUGAUGGACACUCGGUGAUGAUCACUUGUGGAUAGGGUAGAUGUUAAUGAGUUAACCAGCAGCAGCUGGGGGCCGGGCACCCCCUGGGCCCUACAAAAGGAGGUGGAGACCCCCCAGCUGGGUUUGGGCUCAUCAAUGGGGGAUGCUCUGCACCAUGGGGGUGACUCUGGGACCUGCUGCUUUCUUCUUUCUCCUCCCAAUCAACCCCGCUCUGCUUUUGGCUGCCUGAGCAGGGUCUUGUCGUGCCAGCUCCAAAAGCUUAAAAAAAGCUUUCUGCUGAACCUGCUGGGUGCUGCUCUGCAAAUAUCUGAUGGUGGCUUCUGAGGUGAGAAACCACCGCGGCACCCAGCCCUCCUGCUUGGUGCUGGGAAGCUGCCUCUCUUCAGGAAAUGUUGAGAGAUGAAGGAGUUCUGAAAUCUCUGCCCAGCCCAUCAGCAGCUUGCUCUGAGAUGAGCCAACAGCAUUGGAGGCUGUGAGGAGGAGUCCACGCACAUGGCAGCGUCAGUCCCCAGCCACACCGGGCCACAUAACCACCUUCAUUUUUGUAGAAAAUCCAGCUAAAUAAGGACACCAUCGCUGCCUCGUGCCGUUUUCCCAAGCGGUGUUUUCGCCUGUACAAGGCGGGAGGAAAGAGUGAGCAAAGACUGGAGGAGGCCACAAUAAAACUGAUGGAUCCUUCCCUGGGGCUGUGUCAGAUGGUGAUUUCUGACACAUCGGCUGUGGAAAUCCAGGGUAAUUUCACUGAAGCCUCGCCAGAUAGCUGCCUGUGUAAAUGAGGCAGGAUCUGGCCUGUUUUAAAGGAACACUGCCCAGUGGUUAGCCCUAGGAUGCGUGCUUUUGCUGUCUGCUUCUUAGCAAAUGCCAUGUGCAGCGCUCACACAGGGCAAUGCCUCACUUUUAAUGGGAAGUUGGGGCACUGCUCUCCCUAGAAAUGCUCCUGCAGUGCUGCAAAUGACAGCGUUUGCUCCGAAGGAAGAGUUGGUGGGAUAGCCAGGAUGCAGUGGAGGCGAUGGCCCAGGAGCGGUGCAGCUCCAGGGCUUCAGCUCGAGUGCUGUAAGGCACGAGCAUCAGCACAGCUGUAAAAACCUUUCCCACUGUAGGUGUACGUACAGCAUGUGCAUACAUUGAGAUGCGCAUGCAAUACCCAGCAAAGUAUAUGCAAAAUAAUCUGAGUCUGUGUUUAUAUAAAGCAUUCCCUCCAGCUGGGUGUUCCUUCCAGCUCACCAGGCAGCAAGCUUCUGAAACGCAGCUUUGCUAUCUUCCUUCCUUUCUUUUCCCCCUCUCGGUCUGAAAGAGGAACUGGUUUUGCUUUUUGCUGGCUUUGGGGUUUUGCUGGGGAGCCCUGGCUCGCUGACAGUCCUGGUCCUCAUGGGCUUUGUGUGUCCUGUUGGCUUGGAGUUUGCCAUGAGGCAGCAAGGGAUGUGGCGGGGCAUCGUGUCUGCACGUUAUCUCGGUGCAUUAGUGUUGCAUGUCACUGUCCCGCUGUGCUGGAGGAAGGUUUGGGAGGUUUCUGGUGAGUGCAUCACACCAGGCAGCCCUGUUGGUCCCACCAGCUGCAGGACUGGGAUUUCAGCUGCUCCAGACUUCCUUGGAGGAACUGGGGAAGGUCAGGACCAAGCGCACCAGGCACAGAGCUGGUGUCUCUCCUGGGAGACCCUCAAAACCAGUCCAGGCAAGGACUCCAGCCCCGGUGCCUGCUUUUUUUUUUCCCCCCUCUGGGGAUUAACCCAAGGUCUGCAGCUCAAGCUGGUGUUUGUUUGCUGCUCCCUCAGCCGGGCUCAGCAAUGCAGCCUCCAGUGGCUUGCAGCUGCACUAUUCCCGGCUCCCCAGGGCAGUGACAUUUACUGCUUCACUAAAUCAUUUUAGCAUGUGUUUAAAUCUACCGUGUAGGACAGGCUCUGAACACCCCGGGUGCUGAAGGCUGAAAAAGCAUGCCACCUGCCUACAAGGCUUAGAUGGCCUCGAGGAUGUAAAACAUGCCAGUUAAUGGAGAGUCUGGGGAAAGGCAGAUGGAGACGGAGCUUUUGGGAGCAGCCCAGGACAGCCCUGCUCAGGAGAGCUGAGAGACAGCAUGUGAAAGCCGUGCUUCAUCCCUGCUUUCAAGCAGGACAUAUGGGCAGGUCUGAUGUGCAGAGCUGUGGGGCAGCAUAUGGGAUGGUAGGAACAUCUCUCCUGCUCACAAUUAAUGAUGUCCAGCACUGGUAGUGAUCAAUAGUUGAAUGAUGGAGGAAAAAUAUUGGAAAUGGGUGAACAAAUAUUUCCUUCUGUUCUCCUAAGACCCAGUGGUGUGGAGCUUGGAUGUGUCUAAACCAGCUGUGACUUUGUGUAUAAGAUGAAUCUUGAAAGAGGCACCCGAGAAUGGCAGCCUCUCAGUCUUUCACCUCCCCCAGGCUCUGAUUGUGGUGCAAAAUGGGAUGUGGUGCCCUGCCCAGAGGGAAGAUGCGAGUCUCAUAUUUCUGUCUCGUGAUAACGGAGUGCAAGCAGGAAAAGCUGAUGCAGACCCACUCCUUGCAAAUGUCUGUAAUGAAAAAUUGCAAGUGGAACAAUAGAGAGCAAUGCACACGCAGUGCUCACAGGGAAGCAUCUGCCCAUUUUUCUCUUGGGAGCCGGACUGGUGGCUUCAGUGGAGGAAAUCAUUUGUAAAACACAGCCCUUCCUUUCCAAGUGGUUAAGACCCUUCCAAGUAUAAGUCGCUUUUAGGUCUUGCUGUGCAGGUGUCAGAGCUGUUCUUCCAGCCCACUGGUGACCCACGGGGGAUUUUCAGUAGUGAGGCAGUUCAGGCUGAUUUGGCUUUCACUCUUACCAAGCAGGUUAUUCAGUUUACGCAUCUCUACGAAGGCCAUUUUCAGUAUUGCUAAAAUCUGCUGUGGUUGUAACAGCUUGCACCCCCCUCCAGGCUCAUGAAGUGACAUGCAAGCGCUGAAAGAGGCGUCUUGAAGGACAGAGGAAGCCUAUGGUCUGUAGCAACUUGCUGUGCAGUUAUUUUUGCUUGAGGUUGAGCUUGUGGUUUGUGCCCCAGAAGAAACGGGGCCGUGCACAGCCAGUUCCCAGCAGCGCUGGUACUUGCUUCAUCCCUUCUCUGAUCAGAAAUGUUUGACUUCAGAAGGGAGCGGGGUUCCUUUGACUUCCCCUACUGUUCACAAAGUCAGGGAGCACUCUUGUAUUUUCUCCACCUCACUCAGGCCUUAAGAAUGUGGAAGCUCGUAGGAGUGUUAAUUACAGACAAUUAUAACCUGCUUGGCCAGCUGUCAUGCUCAAAUGGCUACUGAAACUAUCAUAGAAGAUGCAGGUUGUCCUUACAGGCUCGUCUCAACCAAAGGAGCCUUCUGGUUCAGGGGCUGGCAGAGCAGUUGUCCAGCACGACUGAUCCAUGGAGCAGCUCAGCCAAAUAGUGUUAGGAUUGAGUGUGCUCGGAGCAUUUUUGCCUGCAGUGUUUGUGCUAUGAAGCCCUGAUGGCUUGUCACGAAUCUCUCCCAGCCCAGCUGGUGGAUUUUUAAUCUGCUUGUUGAUUACACAGGGACCAUGUAUUUACAGCUCUG